CGCGCCAGGAAAUUCUUCCUAUACUGCACCACCUGAGCUCCAACUCCAGCAAUUGAUAAAUUAUGCAUUGAACCACCCCUCAAACUCGCUGUCUCGGCACGGCUUGUACAUCUUACAUUUAAUUCUUUGCCUCAGCAAACCUUCUAUGCCUCUAUCCCUGCAUUCCGCAGCCACUCAACAGCAUCUCCCCAAAUCAUCAUGUUUUCCGUCAUUAUCCCCGGCCGACCCUGCCUGACGGACAUCGUCGCCGUCGACGCGCAACCGAACGGCCAACCCACCAAAUUCGCCUUCACCUUCCCGCAGACGCCCGCCUUCGAUGAGCUGGUCGUCUUCUUCCUCCCGGGCACCGUGCUGCCCCCAGACACCGCCGCCGCCAUCUACCUCCAAUUCCCGGAAUCGGUCGCAUCAUCAUCGGGCCCGCAGUUCCGCUUCAUCGGCGCCUUAGCCAACGAACGGCCCUCCGCCGUCUUCAAAGUCCACCCGCCUUCCCCGGAAACGGCGUCCUCGCUGUCGUCCGCGCUGGUCACGCUGGGGAUCUCGAUCGAGCCCGUGCACGCGGUCGCGCCGCAGCUCGCCGCGCUGGAGGCGGAGGAGAAUAACAACCCGGGGUUGUCGAUGGCGCUGACGACCCCCGCGCGACCCCCGAUCAGCACUAAGGUCCUGGCGCAGCGGAUCAUCGGGAACGCCUUCAAUUUCCUGGCUAGCUUUGCGUCGUCGGAUAAGGGCCAGGAUGUGGUGCCGCUUAAGAGCUUUCAGGAUUGGUGGAAGAAGUUUGAGAGGCGGGUGGAUAUGGAUCCGUCGUUCUUGGAGAGGGAGGAUCCCACGGCGACGGGGUGAGCUGUCUGCGUUGUCUGUGGGGUGGGGUUUGUAACUCGAUAAAGGAAAUGAUUUUUCUUCUCGGGGGUUGAGGGAGGGGGAGG